AUGACAAAAGCCCCGCUCAUACUGGAGUGCCAGGUCGAGUGCUCAUGUACUGACAGCAGCUGCAAGAAGAGGCAUGGGCGCGUUUGGAAGAGCAACGUCAAAGAGCUGAAAGAUUGUGGUCUGCUGCCCUCGGUGAGCGAACUUUGCAUAAUCCUGUAUAAGGACUGUCCGAAGAACCUCCAUCUCGACGAGGCUAUCCAGGAGCUCGUUAUUCCCAGUGGCGCGAUUGCCAACACGAGGCUUACCAAGUUCCUAGGACCUGGUUUGUCCCUUGCCGGCAAGGACCAAGGUCCAGAAAACGCGAAAAUAGAGAUGGAACGGGCUGUCAAGUGUAUCCUCGAGCACUGCCCGCAUGUCGAGGAACUGUGGUUCCAUCCAGAGCGCGUUUGGGGCCCAAACAAGGGACUUCUUUGUGACAUAUCUGGUGUCGGAGCGGAGAUGAUGACGGUGCUUCGCAGUAUGCUCCACCCGCGCCUAACGAUGAUGCAGGUCACACGGCCGUUCGCAGCCUAUACCGACCAGCCAUUCUCGCCAAGUCUCCAGUAUCUCGCACUGGACCUGAAACUUGUUUCGGAGCUCGUGCACUUGCCGCUUAUCCCAACCGCCAAUAUCCGUCAUCUCGAACUAAUCGGAAUCUCAAGCGGCAUCAACUGAGGCAUUCUCGAAAUGGGGGCAGAUGGAAGUGUGCAUUUCCCAAAUCUCCAGACGCCUG